CCCCCCGCCGCCGGUCGCGGCCCGUCCCGGCCCCGCCAUGGCCGCCCCCCCCCGCCUCGGCAUCCAGAUGCUGCUGGAGGCCGCCGAGUUCCUGGAGCGGCGGGAGCGAGAAGCCGAGCACGGUUACGCCUCGCUGCGGCCCGGCGGGAAGGACGGGGAGGCCCCGCGGCGCCGCGCCAAGGCCCGGAGGAGCGGCAGCGGCGGCAGGUCGACGCACAAUGAGAUGGAAAAGAACAGGCGUGCCCAGCUCCGGCUGUGCCUGGAGAGGCUGAAGGGGCUGGUGCCGCUGGGGGCCGCGGCCGGGCGGCACACGACACUCAGCCUCCUCACCAGGGCCAGGCUGCACAUCCAGAAGCUGGAGGACCAGGAGCGCCGGGCCCUGCACCAGAUGGAGCAGCUGCAGCGGGAGCAGCGGCACCUGCAGCGGCAGCUGGAGAAGCUGGGCAUGGGGCGGGUCAGGAUAGACAGCAUCGGCUCCAGCCCUUCCUCCGAGCGCUCCGACUCGGAUCGAGGUGAGAGCCCGCUCCGGGGCGGGAGGCCUGGCCGCGCUGGAGCUCCAAGCCUUGCCAUUCCUCCGGCAGAAGAGAUGGAUGUGGAUGUGGAGAGCACGGACGACCUCCCCGCCGACCUGGACUGGAGCAGCAGCAGCCCCAGCGACUCGGACGAGCGCGGGAGCCUCCAGAGCCUGGGCAGCGACGAGGGAUACUCCAGCUCCGGCGGGCCCAGGGCCAGGCUGGCCGGCAGCCGUAAGCUUCCCGUCGGGAUAUAGGGAGCUGUUCCCGCGGCCGCCGUCCCCGUGGGAUCCCGUUAGCCCAGCACACCGACCCUGCCAGCAUUCCCUGCACGGAAACACCGAACAUCCCACAGCUCCAGCCGCUCCCGGGCUCCGUCUGCACCGCCGGGCUCCGUCUGCACCGCCGGGCUCCGUCUGCACCGCCGGGCUCCGUCUGCACCGCCGGGCUCCGUCUGCACCGNGGGCUCCGUCUGCACCGCCGGGCUCCGUCUGCACCGCCGGGCUCCGUCUGCACCGCCGGGCUCCGUCUGCACCGCCGGGCUCCGUCUGCACCGCCAGCCUCUCUGGCCGAACCUUCUCUGCCAGGCCCCACAUUCCAGCCACGCCUGAAGCGCCCGGGAAUAUCCUGGCAAUAACAGCGACCUCAAGAGCCUUCCCCGGGCUCCUUCCCAGGCUGUCACUGCCCGCUAUUCCCGAUCUUCUCCACGCUUGGGUGGCAACGUCGUGUUCCUAAUCCUCAGGACCGAAGAAACUGGAGAUCCAGGAGUGGAUCCGAAGAGAGAGCCGGUCCUUUGUGGAGUUUCCAUCCGUGACGGAGCGGAGCCAGGCUGGGAACACAGAGCAUUUUGGGCACAGGGAUCAGCCUCAGUCGGGGGUUCCUUCCCCCGACUCUAAAUAUUCAGGGACACCCCAUCCCAGCCCUCGUGUCGUCCCGGAGCGUUCCUGGCGUGGGGAGCAGCGCUCAGAGCCAUCCUCACCCCUCACCUCCGGGCUGGGAAGAUUCUGCCCUCCCUAAACCCGAAAGGGACGUCCCACCUCCCUUUGUGGCGCGGCGUUCCAGAGCCCUGGAAUUCCCUUUCCACGCUUCUUGUCUCGGGGACAAUUCUUUCUACCUCGGAGGGAGCCCACGGCCUCUCUCCACCCCUUCAGCACAAAGAUGAUGCCUCUGCCCAGCAAUAACCCCACGGGACUCCCUGGAUCGUGUCCAUCCAUCCGGGAUUUUUCCAGCCUCGUGGAGGAUUCCAGGAGCCACCACAGGGAGGGAAGCCCCGGGCUCAGGGGGGUUCUGAGCAGUUCUGAACCCACACAUCAGCUGCCAGUGGUGAGGGUUCGCUUCCCGAUGCACUGCAGGGAGCAUUCCCACCACUCCCUGCUCCUGAGAUGCUCUGGGGAUGUUGAGAGCUCUGCUUCCAGCACUUUCCUUUUCCCCUGGAGUGCUCCAAGGGCUUUUCCAGCCCCCUGGAUCCGGCCAGGUCCUGGUGAGGAGUGGGCAAGGAGCUCUGCAGGGCUUUUCCCAGCUCUGGGAUACAAACCCUGACCCUCUGCCAGUCCCUUUUGGGAAUCACCAGUGCUGGAAGGCAUCGAGAUGCUCCAUGGAGUGCAAGGGGAUGAGCAGCAGGAGACUCCAGUGCUUUUCCUUUGUCCUUUCCCCUUUUCCUGUUUCCCUUUUCUCCUUUCCUGCUUUUCCUUUCCUUCUUUUCUCCUUUACUGUUCCCCUUUUCCUUUCAACACCCCAAUCCCAUUCCUGGCUCACUUAGGGAAGUGGGAAGCCACCCACAGACCCCACAAAUUGCCCAAAUCCCCCAGAUUCUGUCUUUUUCCAUUUGCUGUCUCCUAAGAGAAAAAAACAAAAAAAACCCCAAACCACAAGGAAUUUUCCUUUCAAGCUGCUGGAAUUUUCCACCCUCUGGCAUUGCCACAGACCAGGGGUACCUGAGCUCAACCCCCUGCGUGGUCAAAAAGAGGGAAAAAAAAGGCAAAAAGAUGGAAAACAGUGAGGAAAAGAGGAAUAUCAGCCCGUGGGGGCCAGUGGCUCAGGUGGCUUUUGCCUUCAGCUGGGGAAUCCCAGCGGAACCCUCUGGACAGGCGAUUCCCAGCACUGGGAAGGCCCUUCCAGAGCCACAAAGCGUUGGUUGAGUUUUGCUUGGCUUUGAACAUUCUGGAGGUUUGGCCUCAGCACAAAUGAGGGGUUUUGGCAGCUUUGUGCCUUUCUGAGUUCCCAAUGCCUUUUUUUUCCCCCUUUUUUCCCUUUCCUAUCCCAGACUGAGCCCUUUGCACUGUCGGGCUGUGCUCCGGGAACCCCAGAACUCUGCACUAACCCGGAACCCCCGGGUCCCCAGUGGUGGUGCCAGCCUUACCUGGAAUUCACUGAUCCACCAGCAUUCCUAUCAAAUAAGCUGCAGGAAGGACUUUUUUAUAGGUUGUGACAGAAAUCCAGGGAGUGCGGGGAGUCGGAUUGGGGCACGGACGGGUGGGAAUCAAAACCAGCCGAUUUUGGGCUGUUUUUCCUUUCUUUUUCCUUUUGGAAGGCAGAUCCCGAACCGCCAGCUCCCAGGAAGCACCAGAACGUUUCACCCUGAAUUUUUCCAGUGGAGCCAUCCCAUCUCCACUCAACCUUUCCUUUAUCAUUCUUUGGUACCCCUCUUUUUCGUGCUUUUCCAUCAUUUUUUUUCUGUUCUUUUUGCUUCCCAAGAAGUGGAUCCACCCCAGCCUUGGCUCCGCUGGGCAGCUGGGAGCGGACUCGGAUCCCAUUUCCAGCCGUUCCUGCUGUAAAUAUCCCAUUGUUGGGCUGAUCCCCGUGUCAAGCCAAUAGAAUGGUGCUUUUUUUUUAGGAAUUCCAUGUUUUAGGAGAUCUUUGCUGUGUCCAUGGAUAUUUCUGUCUUGUUUGAUUGUUAGGAAAUAAAUUAUUUCGUUAUGAAAGAGA